ACAAUAAUACAGAUAUUGGCGAUCUUUCGAUACUAGUCCUUUUUUUGUCACCGAAAGAUCACCCAGAUAUUUUAGUAAAAGUAGUUGGAUAUGAGUAAUGUAAAAUGCUUUGAUGUUGCUAAUCAGACAUUGAUAUUCUAUUCUCCAAUGAUUAAAUAGACUUACACAUAAACUACACGUGUGGAAACUGGUUAUUUUAAAAUAACUUUUAGAUGGUAUACAUCACGAUUUACUCGGAAUUUGAGGUGUGUGCUAAACAUAAGGGUGGCGGUAAUUGACACACUUCUUCAAAAUAUGUGAGGAAACAAAGUCAAAGUUUAUAAAUUAUCCGACUCACCCCAAAUUUUGUUUUCACAUCAAAUUCCCACAUAAUUGUAAUCUACAUUAUCUGAAACGUAUUCAAAAGUAUUUGACCGUCCAUAUGCUGACCAUGUGUGAAUUAUUGUUUUUAAACAUGAAGAUAUCUUUAUUAAUAAAUAAAACUAUAAUCAGGAGAAUAAGCUUUUCUAGUAUAUAUAUAUAUGGUGGUGGUGGUGGUGGUUGUCUACUCCUUACAGAGUUUGACCACCUCCUGCACCUACACCUUAGCCCUUUCAUGGCAUCUGAUGUGGCUUUUUAAACCAGUGUUUUGAAAAAACACCCACACAGAUUGCACCUCUGAUUUGCACUACCAAUACCUGCAGAAUAACAAAUAACAUUGGCAUCAAAGAAUUGUAAAAUCAGAUACAUCGUCAAGGAAAAUGUUGUACAGAACAGAUGUAACUCUCCUUAUAUAAAUGCAUGGCAAAUAACAGGCAAAUACGUUUUUUGAGCUGAGAUUGAUAUCAAUGAUUCUUUUCUUGAGUGUCUCGAAUGUAUACAAGAAUGAUUUUGCAUUCAAAUUACUAUUGAACAGUUUUAUAAAGGAGUUUGCAACCCACAUAAUAUAUCAACAAAGAUCACAAUGGUAUAAAUAUGUAUUAGCAAUAAAAUAUAUCAAUGAAAAGAAGAUAAACAUCUCGAAAUUGUGGUGAGGAAAUAAAAAUGAUAGAAAAUUAAUUUUGUGAGAAUAAGUUUAAAUUUAAAGGAAGGUGUGAAAGUAUUCAUUUUCCUAAUGACAUGAAUGAAGAGAAGGGGAAAACAUCAUACCACUGUGAUAUUUGUGGUAAAUCAUUCUCUGUGAACGGUAAUUUAAUUAAACACAAACAUAUUCAUACAGGAAAGAAACCAUAUCACUGUGAUAUCUGUGGUAAAUCAUUCGCUCGAAAUAGUUACUUAGCUGAACACAAACAUAUUCAUACAGGAGAGAAACCUUAUCAUUGUGAUAUCUGUGGUAACUUGUUUGCUCUAAAAGAACACUUAAGUGCGCACAAACGUAUUCAUACAGGAGAGAAGCCGUAUCAUUGUGUCAUCUGUGGGAAAUCAUUUGCUCGAUGUAGUAAUUUAACUAUACACAAACGUGUCCACACAGGAGAGAAGCCAUAUCAUUGUGUUAUCUGUGGCAAAUUAUUCUCUCGAAAUUCUCACUUAAAUUCACACAAGCGAAUUCAUACAGGAGAGAAGCCAUAUUGCUGUGAUAUCUGUGGUAAAUCAUUUUCUCAUGGAACUAACAUAGCUAUACACAAACGUAUUCAUACUGGAGAAAAACCAUAUCACUGUGAUAUCUGUGGUCAGUCAUUCUCUCAGAAUGGUGAAUUGAUUACUCACAAACGUAUUCACACAGGAGAGAAACCAUAUCACUGUGAUAUCUGUGGUAAAUCAUUCUCUCAAAAAAAUCAAUUAACUACACAUAAACGUGUUCAUACUGGAGAGAAGCCAUAUGGCUGUGAUAUCUGUGACAAAUCAUUCUCUCAAAGGACUCACUUAACAAAACAUGUAGGCAUUCAUACACUGCAGUGACUGUAUCAAUGUGAAAAUUCAGGUUGUCAAUAAUAGUUUCAAUAAACGAUUAAUUUCUCGUGUAUGGUAUUUAAUAUAA